AUGACGACUUCGUCUCAAUCGUUAUUUCGUCGGCUCACGCCAUACUUCUCAGCUCCGCUUCGUCAGAACUACCGGCUCCUCAGCUCAGCGUCGGCGUCGUCUUCCGCCCUCUACGAACCUCAACCAUCCUCCUCCUCCUCAUCAGAGUCUCCGUCUCUCGACGUCGUUCAUUUAACCGAAAAUUGCGUUCGGAGAAUGAAAGAGUUGCAAGCCAGUAAGGUUAAUGGAAAGUUAUUGCGCUUGAGCAUAGACGCUGGUGGAUGCUCUGGGUUCCAGUAUAACUUCUUACUCGAUCAUAAGACCAAUGACGAUGACAGGAUUUUUGAGCGGGAUGGAGUUAAAUUGGUGGUUGAUAAUAUUUCAUACGACUUCGUGAAAGGCUCAACUAUUGAUUAUGUAGAAGAGAUGAUACGCUCUGCUUUCCAGGUAUCUGCAAAUCCAAGUGCUGUGGGUGGCUGCAGCUGUAAAAGCUCCUUUAUGACGACAUCCUCAAGCAACCCGAUCGAGGGACUUGGGGAAGUUGGUGUGACGUGUCUCGGAGCAUCCAGCAUGGCCCUGUUAAGAUCUGUGGAGUCGUGGCAACAGAAGCAGCAAAUGAUGCACCAAAUGGACAUUUUGUCCCUUCAACAGCAGGUGGCUGCUUUGUUUGCGGCACUAACAGGGAAAUCCGACAACUUUGCCGAAGUAGGCACCACUGCUGCCGAUACAUCCACCUCCACCAACAGUAGCUACCUCUGUCCGCUCAACAUCAUCAAGCAACACAUCCCCUGCAAAAUGCAAAUGUAA